ACAAAUUUCAAAGAUUAUGUUCAUGCCGGAAACAGAAGAUAUGUUACCUAGAGCCGCUCCAAGGCCAGCUGCGGCAGUGCCAAUGGGACAUAACGAGGAAAUAGUGAAACCUACAGUUCCCGAAGUAUCAAUAUUAUUUGGUCAAGCCCCACAACAGCAACAACAACAGCAGCUGCGACCUCAACAACAACAGGAGACUACAACCACUUUUGCAUCCUGGAAGAAACAAUUGUUGCCAAGGGUCAACUUUUCUCCAGUGCUGGCAACUGAACUGGGUCCAGCCUCACCGCCUGUUCCAUCUACUGCUCCUGUUUGCAACGAUUACAAUAAUUAUUUAUCGCGUUCGCGCGGUAUUGAAGUUGAUCGCUCAACGCCCACUGUUAAUUCAAAUCUGUGUUACGCAGUAAAUGUGCCGCACCCGUUCACACGAGAAACCUUCCCCUCCACUCCUCAAAACCAUUGCCCCCCACACUAUGUUCAAGGCCAAUCCCCAGCCAUCGCAACGGAUGUACUUACUAUUUGUGCUGGUACCCAAACAGAACCGGAAUCUGUCGCAUCUCGUCGAGAUUCGCUGUCAGCAAUAGCACCCGAGUUAGGGCACUUGGCUAACAAGAGUGAUUUGAGGGAGUUGCUAGUUCAGCUGGACCUGAUGCGCCAGGAGCAGCAGCAUUUGAGGCGACUAUGCGAAUCGUUGGUGCAGCAACAGCAACAGCAACAAUGUGUGCCGAAAACAUUUAUGGAGACUUCAACGCAGUGCGACAUUUUAAAUGUGAAAAGUAAUGCGAUGGUGAAGCGCAUAACGCCUGUAGUGCAUGACUACAUAGUAGAGGAGGAUGAGCGUUCAACGCCAUAUGAAGGGCUCCCUAGAGCCGCUGCUCCGCCAUUUCAAUCGCCACGCGCUGUGCCGCCAAUGGCCCAGUCAACGGGAUACCGCCCAAACACUCCACAACCAAAGCAGUCACCGGCAGCGAAUAAUCCCUUGAUGAAUGCCGUUCUACAAAAACCCAAUACCGAAAAGAGUUUGGUGAUGAAUGAGUUGGCCCGCAAGUAUCUGCCUCAAAGGCAAAUCACCGAACUGAUGGACGAAUUGCGUCUGUCACCAACAACAACACCCACCAAUGGUGUCGUUAACAACGCUAACGCUAGCGCGGGCAUUGACACAACGCCACUGCGCCGCAUUGACAACUUUCAUCAGAGUCCCAGUAAUAUUUCUAAUGCAUCCUACGUAUAUCUCAAGAAAUAUCGCUUGUUGCCUGAGCAACGAAUGUCCAAUGAUCAGGUUAAGUUGCACAAUCCAGAAUCACCAGUGGCACCAACUCCACAGAGUAAUCAACCAAUGCUCGACCUGGAUAACAUACGUAAUCAGCCAAAGCUAAUUUAGGAAUAAAGAUUUCAUUAAUAUCUUA